AUGCAACGUCUUGGCGAGUGGUUCGAGUUGAUCAAAAACGAGUUUGAGAACGUCGCCCAGGACAACGCCAUCUGGAAGGCGCAGCGAGAUGAGUAUGAGGCACAAAUGGCCCAGCAGAUCACCGAGUUGGGCAUGAUCAGGAAAACGCUCUACGAGCUUGAGGGGACACACGCCAAGGUCCGGCAAGAGUACGAGGCCGAGAUUGCUCGUCUGCGUCGCGAACUGGAGACUCGCGGUCCUCCAGGAAACGGCCCAGCACCCAACUCGCCUCCUCACCUCCCUGCACCAGGAGGUCAGGAGCGUGACGGCGGACCAGGCUACCCAUCGCUCCCCGGACCUCCUCUAAACGGCGGAGAGCCUGGUGCUUCGCGCUCCCCAUACCCACUGGCCCCCAUCCCACGCCCCGCGUCCACCAGCAUUGACCGCAAAGAGUCGCGAUCAGUCGCUCCCCCGGGGAGUCCUCCCCCGCACCUCUCCGACCUCGACCCAGACAAUGUAUCGCGCGAGCUGAAGAAGGAAGGCUCAGACUGGUUCGCCAUCUGGUCUCAGACUACCAAAAAGGUCCUCGACGUGUCGCUCGUCCACUCCCUCGUCCAUGACACUGUCGUUUGCUGCGUCAAGUUCUCGCACGACGGAAAGUGGCUCGCUACUGGCUGUAACCGCACAGCCCAGAUCUACGACACCAAGACUGGCGCCAAGACCUGCGUCCUGCUCGACGAGUCGGCUACCCGCACAGGGGACCUCUACAUUCGCAGCAUCUGCUUCAGCCCCGACGGCAAGUACCUCGCCACCGGUGCCGAGGAUCGCCAGAUUAGGGCCCAGCGCAUCCGCCAUCUUCUCCAGGGCCACAUGCAGGAGAUCUACUCGCUCGACUUUAGCCGCGACGGCCGCUUCCUCGUCUCGGGCUCUGGGGACAAGUCUGCUCGUGUGUGGGACAUUGAAAAGGGCCAGUGUGUCUUUGACCUGCGCAUCGAGGACUUUAUCCACAACGAGCAGGGUCCCAUCGACGCCGGCAUCACCUCUGUCGCUCUGUCGCCCGACGGCAAGCUCGUUGCCGCCGGGUCUUUGGAUACCAUGGUCCGUGUCUGGAACGUGCAGACUGGCCACCAGGUGGAGCGCCUCAAGGGUCACAAGGACUCGGUCUACUCGGUCGCCUUCUCCCCCGACGGCAAGUGCCUCGUCUCGGGCUCACUCGACCGCACUCUCCGCGUCUGGGACCUCUCACAGACCAAGCGUGCCCUCGACUCGCUCCCCCCCGGUUCAAAGGAGCCUGUCGAGAAGGGUCUCGGCACCUGCGCGUCCACUCUCAACGGCCACAAGGACUACGUUCUCUCGGUCGCCAUCUCGCCCGACGGACAGUGGGUCGUCUCGGGUUCCAAGGACAGGUCGAUCCAGUUCUGGAACAUCCACAGCGGCCAGGCCCAGUUCAUGCUCCAGGGCCACAAGAACAGUGUCAUCUCCAUCGACCUGGCCCGCAGCGGUGGUCUCCUGGCCUCGGGAUCGGGCGACUGCCACGCACGUAUCUGGAGCUAUGGCCCCGUGUAG